CAUACAAAACUGACGUCGUCGUUUGUGCUGCUGGCAGAACACUAGUGCGGCAUUGAAUGUAUAUGUCCUGUUUUGAUUGUACAGUAGAUCAGAAGAAGUAGUGCUCAAAUACGAUCCUUUACUUUGUUGACCAGAUCUGCCCGGGCUGUGGACGAAAACAAUGGCACUAAUCUCCCUCGAGGAUCUCGACGGAUUGGAGGAUGAAGAACUGGACAAUGACAUCACUGACAACCCUGAUCCAAUGGAGGACGACGAGCAGCAGAGGCUGUACACCCAUUGGCAGGCGAUCGCCAGCACACACCAGGUGUCCGUCCCCCGAGAAAUGACAGGACCAAUUCAAGAGCUUACUCGACGGAACCAAACCCAAGAAAGAGAGCAGGUCCCCUUUACCUCCGUCUCUCUGCAUGAAAAGCUGGGCGAGGUGCUGUUUGAGGAGCGGGUGUACCCUGCAGGGAAGUGGGCGUGCAUCACUAAAGGGGAGAAGCUGUAUGAGCAGAGCAUCUCCAUGGGCUUCAUGAAACUCAUGAAAUUCAUCUGCAAGGAGAACUCUGUCGGACGCUAUUUGGGAAUGACUGUACCCAUUGUGAACAGUAUCCAAAUGCUGGAGGACGGCAAUGGCUUUCAGAAAGACAUCUUGACCGCAUACUACCUGCCUGCUGAGUUCCAGGCCAACCCGCCCCAGCCAACUGACCUAGACAUCACCAUACUCCAAAGGGAGGCUUUACGAGUCAUCACCCGGACUUUCUUCGGCACCACCACGGAGGAGACAAUCAUGCCUCAGAUUAACCUGCUGUGGGAGAUGCUGGGCCCCAGCGAGGAGAUGCAUCGCUACUCCUACAUGGUGGCUGUCUACAACAACCCUGGGGAGUCCUGUCGCAGGAACGAGAUCUGGUUCAUCCGACGAGACCCCUAAAUCUCUUAUAACAUCCACCUGUCCCCUCCUGUAUCACCCCGACACCACCCUACCCCCCCCCCUCUGUGCCUCUAGGGUCGUGUUUAUUUGCCGUUAAAUGGAAUAAAAGGGACAAUAAGCAACACUCAUUUUCAGUUUCCAGUGCAAAAUGUUUUUAAAAAAUGUUUAUUUUUGUUUUUUGCGUACCCUAAUCAACACAACCCAGAUGAUUCCUGUCAUGGGGAUAGAGAGUAUGGAUUAAAAUGGGAGGAAUGGCUCUUGGGUUGGUUUUAGAGGUAAACAUGACAAGAUUACUUUGAAGAUGGUAUUAGGUAGACAGUAUGGCAGGAAAAUACUUAUUUAACAUUCACUGAGAUGGUAUGCUUUUCUAUGCUCUAGGGCAGCACAAGAAAAUACUAAACUUCAAUGGCAUUUAUACCAUGUACACAACCAAAUAUGGUGUUUAAAAUACAAGUAUAUUGUAGUUAACUCUUAUAUUUCCAUCACGUUUUCUUUAUUUUUCUUGCUUUUUAUGUUUAAAAAAAUGAUAUCAUCUAAUCAUUGCAAACUGGUGUCACAUAAUGUCACAGUCCGUUUUACAUUUGAGUCAUUUAGCAGACACUCUUAUCCAGAGCGACUUACAGCAGUGAGUACGCAUUUUAAUACUUUUUUUCUUGAUGUUGAUACUAUAAUUUUUUUUUUUUAAUGUCUUAUAGGUCUGUAACUUACGAGAAACAUGUUGUAUUUGCGGUUGACUAGAGUAGGCAUCCAGGUUUAACCUAUUGUUAUCCAUAGGUAAUUCUGACACAACUUUGUCAUUCAAAGUUACUUGCUAUGAUAUGUGGGUGUUCUCUUACUCUUAACUGUCAUUAAGUUUUAUCCUUCUAGUGAAUUUUGCCCACACUUUGCUACUUUACCUACAUUUGAGGCUGGUGUAGGGAUUUUGGGUAUACGUGUCCUAAUAAGUAAGUUACUAUCCCCCUUCCCCCAGCCACAAAAUGAUUGACAGAUUGGUCAUUCGUUACCUUCAGUUGCCACUAGGUGUCAACCAAACAGUAACGUUUGUAUUAUGUUUUUUGUCUGUUUAUUUGCUUAUUGGUGAAUAGCGAAUAUCUCACAAAUGAAUAGAUUGGUUUUGGUGAGGUUAGUUGUAAAUGGAGCUGAGACUGGGACCAGGCUCUUUAGGUUUUGAGGAAGGUUCAAGCUUUUUGAAGAUUCAUAGCUAUAGUUAAUGAUGGUUGGGGAAUGGAAGUUUAAUUAAAGUGACUUAUGAACCUGUCCGUUCAGCAUGGCCAAAUUAUGUGCUCUUACUGUGCUUGCCUCUUUUUUAAAAAUAUAUUUCCCAGAAUAAGUGUGUAUUUGUUUGUAUUCUCCAGUAAUUAGUACGGUAUACAUUUGAUAUGUUAAAAUUGUACCCGGCUUCUCUUUUGUGACCUUGUAUUUCUAUGCUGUUUUCAACUGUUUUCAAUGCAUACAUUUCAACAUUUCAGUGUGAAUUGUAGUGGGUUGCUUCAAUUUAAAGCUGCAAUAUAUAACUUUUUGGGCAACCUGGCCAAAUUCAAAUAGAAUUGUGAGGAGUUAUAGAUCAUUCAUUCUCAUUGAAAGCAAGUCUAAGAUGUAGUAGAUCUGUUCUAUGUGUGUUAUUUCUAUGCUUCUGUUCAUAAGUUUUGUUUUUAACUCUUACUUUCUGUUUUGUACAAUAACUUCAAACAGCUGAAAAUACUAUAUUUUUGGUUAUGAAAAAUAUAUUUCACAGCAGUUUAGAUGGUACAAUGAUCCCUCUACACUAUUUUUGCUUGUUUUGUUACAAACCAACAUUUGGAAUUUUAGCAAACAGAGAGAUUUCUUUAUAGUGCAUCUUUAAACUACUUAAAAGAUUGCCAGUGUAAGUUAAUGGAGAUUUGAUAUACAUUUACACUUAAAAACAUACCGUGCCUUCAGAAAGUAUUCACACCCCAUUUACUUUUUCCCCAUUUUGUUGUGUUACAGCCUGCAUUUAAAAUGUAUUCAAUUUAGAUGUGUCACUGAUCUGCACACAAUACUGCAUAAUGUCAAAGUGGAUCUUUUAUUUUUUUUAUUUUUACAAAUUAAUAAAAAAUGAAGAGCUGAAA